AAAUAAAGACCGUAGUCGCAUUUCAGUGGAUGUCUGUGCUGGUAUUAAAAUCGGAUACUGCAGGUAUUCUGAAAUGGAAAAGAAUUCUGUGGGAGAGAAUCACUGUCGGCGGAGGAUUACAAUUCAAAUUAUAGUGGAUUUUAUCAUUUGGCUUGCAGUAUCUUUGCCAGUUGUAUACCUAUUUCUGAAUGGGAAACCUUAUCAGACUGGAUUUUUCUGUGACGAUGAAGCUCUCAGUUAUCCUUCUAGACCAGACAGCGUUUCAACACCCGUACUAAUAGCUGCCGGGUUAACACUGUCAGUUUUACUGGUGGCUCUUGUCGAAGUUUUAAAUUUUCUGGACAACGAAUGUCGACGACCAUGCCAGCGUACAAGCGAUAUUUUAUUCUGUGUGAAAAGUUACUUAGUAUUCAUGGUUGGAAUUCUCGUUCAAGAAUUAGUUGUCGAUGUUGUGAAAAACAAAAUGGGUGUGUUAAGACCUAACUUUUUUGACGUUUGCAAGCCACAGUUUAACAGGACCUUAUGCCCUGGGUACAUACUUGAAUAUAAGUGUACAGGAAAUGAGCAGCACGAUAAGGAACUUAGAAGCAGCCGACAGUCUUUUCCUUCCGGUCACUCAGCAUUUUCAAUGUAUAUAGCUAUUUAUUUUUGUAUUUACAUACAAAAUCGUUUGCAGAUAAGAUUUUCAAGCAUAUUUAAAUUCUUUCUGCAAUCUGGUCUUAUAUUUAUGGCAUUGCUCUGUGGGCUUGGGCGUAUCAAAGACAACAAGCAUCAUCCUUCGGACAUCAUUGCAGGGUUUAUGUUGGGAGUUAUUGUUGCUGUAUUCGUGCACCUAAUGAUUGGGAUGAAAAUUGUGACAACAGAUAAGAAUUCAUUACAAGAGCUGAAUAAAUCACCCGACUGUUGUUGCACUUGUGAACAGUCUCCUGACAUCGAUCAACAUACUCCAGCACCAUUGUUACAAAAUGAGUUCUUCCAGGAAAGUGCACGUAAUUCAUCUUCUUCAAAACUUCUAAUGCUUCAAAUUAAUAGCGGACAUAUGCCAGAGUCAAUGACGUCAGAAAUAGUUUGACGGAGUUGGUUUUAGUAGCUCCGCGAGAUACAAGCUUCAAAAUAAAAGGCGACGUGGGAACAGUACAUGUGAUUGAUUAUUGAGGACGUUCUUGUUGUUCUUGAAAUAAAAUUUUGAAAUGUG